AGUUGACUUGUUAGCACCGUGGUGGCCAGAGCCACCUCCUUGGACUGAAAUCUUUGUGUUGCCAGCCCUCAUCAGGCUGGUGACCUGGGAACUGGUCAGUGAAGAUAGAUAGCACCUCAUCACCUUAGGCCAUUCCCUUGGGAAGCUGGCCAGCAGGAAUUGGCCUAGAGCGCCGAUACCUAGGUACUGGUACUCUGCUGAGGGAAUGAUGGUUCAUCCUAUGUGCUCAUAUUGUUAGGAUUGGGGGGCAACCAAGAGACUUCUAGCUUCAUUUCAUCCCUCAACCCCUCAUCCUUCUGAAUUCAUCUGAUCAAUGGUAGUGCCAUUCUCCCACUAAACUCAAAGCCUCUGGCCUCUACUGAUCCAUCACCCACCCCCUCAGUACAGUGUGUCCUGGGUCAGCUACUUCCUCCUUCCCAACCAUUCUACUUUUGUACUCCAUCUCUGAAGCAUGGAAUUCAGGUUUUAGAAUCAGGCCCAUCCAUAGUCUCAGCUUCCUGGAGCCUGUUUCUUCAGCUGCACAGUGGGAAAUGCCCAUGACAUCUCACUCCGAGGGUGACUGUGACAAAUGGAGAGAAUACAAAGACCUGCCUCAAGAAGUGUGGAUUCUCAACAGUACUACUGUGCUUCAGAGCCCCCUGGCUCUCCACACAUGACAGGGUGAAGUCUGGGUACUUAGCAAAGAAUCCAGUUCAGGUGGGGAAAGGCUGGCCACUGACAUCCAAGGCAUUCCCCCAUCAGCCUCUAGCCCAGGUGGGCCAACCUGAGCAUGUGUUUGGCUCCAGGCAAGGAAGCUCUGUCCCUGCAGCUGCUCACCCUUCAAAAUGUGUGCUGACCACAUGGUUGGUCAGAAGGCACCAACUUGUCAUUGGCUCCUCACUAGUUAUCCCACCUCUUCAUGCCUGGGGGAGGGAUAUUCAGCAUUACAGUGGAUAAACACUAAUCGGCCAGGUAGUUAAAUUUAAGGGUCCCCAUGGAGAGGAGCCCCUGGUCAGUGGAGUGGCCAGGACAGGGGGAGUACACUGGGGGCCCUACUCCAAGCUAGAAACGGGCCUCUCAAUAGUUUGGACUCGAGUGCUGGGAGGGGGUGGGGGCUCCUCCAGCUGUUAGAAGGCAAGGGCUCAGCCACGCCCCCGUGUGCGGCAGGGUGUAGAGUGCAGGCCCUCUCCGUCCAGCUCCCUGGAGGCACUCGCCGGGGCCUGGAUCUUUUUGGCCUUCGGGACCUCGUCAGUUUUUGCCUCCAAACCCGGAGGACCAGAGUGGCCCUGCAUUAGGCGCAGGUAGGGGUCUGCUCGCGCACGCCCGGCCCGCUCCCAGCUGGGGUGUCCGCCCCUCUCUCCGCCUCCAGCUGGGCCCGCCCCCGCGCCUGUGUCACCGCGGGGCUGGGGGUGGAGAGCUGUCGGGCGGGACAUCCGGCCGUUCUCUCCCUGCGCUCUCCCGCCGCCCGCCUCCCGCUCCGGCGCCUCCGCUGGGGAGUCCGCCGCCUCCGCGUGCGCCUUGGUCUCGGGUCAGCGCUCCCCUCCCGGACCCCGGCCCGCGUUGCGGCCCCAAACCAUCGGCGCCGGGUCCCAGCCGCAGCCCGUCUCCCCGACAGGCAGCCCGGGAUCGGCCGGCCCGCGCAGGCCCCCAGCACCGGAGCACCAUGUUCCCCCGCCCGCUGACCCCGCUGGCGGCCCCAAAUGGCGCCGAGCCCCUGGGCCGGGCGCUGAGGCGGGCCCCCUUGGGCCGGGCCCGGGCCGGGCUGGGGGCGCCGCCCCUGCUGCUGCCGUCCAUGCUGAUGUUCGCGGUGAUCGUGGCCUCCAGCGGGCUGCUGCUCAUGAUCGAGCGGGGUAUCCUGGCCGAAAUGAAGCCCCUUCCCCUGCACCCUUCCAACCGCGAGGGCGCAGCCUGGCGCGGGACGGUCCGCCGGCCUGGGGGGCUGACCCUGGAUGCCGGGGACUCGGACUUGCAGGUGAGGCAGGACAUCCGAAACCGGACCUUGCGGGCAGUGUGCGGACAGCCGGGCAUGCCCCGGGACCCUUGGGACUUGCCAGUGGGACAGCGGCGCACCCUGUUGCGCCACAUCCUCGUGAGUGAUCGCUACCACUUCCUCUACUGCUACGUCCCCAAAGUGGCCUGCUCCAACUGGAAGCGGGUGCUGAAGGUGCUGGCGGGCGUCCUGGACAGCGUGGACGUCCGCCUCAAGAUGGACCACCGCAAUGACCUGGUGUUCCUGGCCGACCUGCGGCCUGAGGAGAUCCGCUACCGCCUGCAGCACUACUUCAAGUUCCUGUUUGUGCGGGACCCCUUGGAACGCCUUUUCUCUGCUUACCGCAAUAAGUUUGGUGAGAUCCGAGAGUACCAGCAGCGCUAUGGGGCUGAGAUCGUGAGAAGGUACAGGUCAGGAGCUGGGCCCAGCCCUGCAGGGGACGAUGUCACCUUCCCUGAAUUCCUGAGGUACCUAGUAGACGAGGACCCUGAGCGCAUGAAUGAGCAUUGGAUGCCUGUGUACCACCUGUGCCAGCCUUGUGCUGUCCGCUAUGACUUUGUAGGCUCCUAUGAAAGGCUGGAGGCUGAUGCCAACCAGGUGCUGGAGUGGGUGCGGGCACCACCCCAUGUCCGAUUCCCAGCUCGCCAGGCCUGGUACCGGCCUGCCAGCCAGGAAAGCCUGCACUACCACCUGUGCAGUGCCCCACGGUCCCUGCUGCAGGAUUUGCUGCCUAAGUACAUCCUGGACUUCUCCCUCUUUGCCUACCCACUGCCCAAUGUCACUAGGGAGGCCUGUCACCAGUGACCAUGGGAAGGGGCCAGCAGCUGUUGGAGGCUGGUUUUGACAGUGCCAGCUUCUCAUGCCUGCCAUUCAGAGAAAUCCUGGCUCUGAGCCUGGAGCUUCUCCAGAUAUCUGGAUGACAGGGACGGCCCUUGGAAGUUUUUUGUCCAGGGUGCGUGCCCAACAUGGCUCAGAGGACGGGGUUGGACAGGAGGCCUGGUGCUCUCCCAUUGGGGGCAUUUCUUGGGGCCAGUAUGAUCCUUCUUAUCCUGGCAGAGCCAGAUACUAGUUUGCCAGUGAAGUAACACAUCUGUUCUGUAGACUAACUGGACGGAUUGGGCACUUGGCUCACCUUAACCUGUGGCCAAACCCAGAGGUGGCACCCAUCAGGAGCACAACCAGAGCCAGGGGCCCUGUGGCUAUGGUCACCCGUUCAUCUACGAGUUAGACGUCAUGCCUUACAAAUAACUUUUGUGCCUUUCUGCUUCAGACUCAGUUUCCUACACUUGCCAUGUCCUUUCUAUAUUUCCAAGGAAAGGAACACUGAGUUAGGGCUCUUGCCUGGUAGCUCCAGGACCCACCCCUGCAGGCAUCCAAAGAACCCUGUGCCCAGCCUCUUCUUGGAGCUCUGGGCACCUCCUCCCUUCCCCCAAGGCUGUGACUGUGGCUGGUGUAUCUGGCUGUCACUUUUCUGACACAUUUAUUUAAAAUUUGUACUUUUUGAUAGAACCCUUGUGAAAGCUUUGUUUUUUCUAAUAGCUGCAUUUUUAUUAAAGAUGUUUUGUACACAAA